CCGCGGCUCGAGCCCGUCCAGGCCGGCAUCUCCAGAGAGCUCUUUAAAAUGGUGGCUGCCAUUCCACAUUUGCGUUGCCACCUCACCCCCUACUUAACACUAUCGAGAAAAUUCAAAACCCCUCAAAAUCUCUCACUUCUCACUCCAUCAAAUUAUCGCGAGAAUUUCAAGCGCUUCUCGCUCUCAGGCUCAGCCACCAUUUCAGUCAUGGCUUCUGCUGCUAAAAAGGUAUUGGUGCCGGUGGCGAACGGGACGGAGCCGAUUGAGGCGGUGGUGCAAAUCGACAUACUGCGGAGAGCUGGGGCCGAAGUUACGGUGGCUUCGGUGGAAAAGGAGCUCCGAGUCGAUGCCGGACACGGAGUCAAGAUCGUUGCCGAUGCACUCCUUUCUGAUUGCGCCGAUACUGAGUUUGAUCUCAUCUCUCUCCCUGGAGGGAUGCCUGGUGCAUCUACACUUAGAGACUGCAAGACUUUGGAAAGCAUCAUUAAAAAACAGGCUGAAAGCAAACGAUUAUAUGCUGCAAUAUGUGCCUCCCCUGCAGUAGCUCUUGGAUCGUGGGGACUGUUGAAGGGGCUUAAGGCAACUUGCUACCCAUCUUUCAUGGAGCAGCUGUCAUCUUCUGCAAAUGCUGUUGAAUCAAGAGUGCAGGUGGAUGGCAAUGUUGUGACAAGUCGUGGACCCGGAACUGUCAUGGAGUAUGCUGUUGCACUAGUUGAGCAAUUGUAUGGAAAGGAGAAAGCUGAUGAAGUCUCAGGGCCACUGGUGAUGCGCCCUAAGCACGGUGAUGAAUAUACAUUUGCCGAACUCAAUUCAGUAAAUUGGACAGUUACCAAUAGCCCACAGAUACUUGUACCCAUUGCUAAUGGUUCUGAGGAGAUGGAAGCUCUUAUUAUUGUUGAUGUACUUAGACGAGCUAAAGCUCAAGUAGUGGUGGCAUCUGUAGACGAUUCACUGGAGAUUGUUGCUUCCAGGAAUGUGAAACUGGUUGCUGAUGUACUGCUUGAGGAUGCUGCUAAGAGUACAUAUGAUCUUAUUGUCUUGCCUGGUGGUCUGGGUGGUGCUCAAGCAUUUGCAAACUCAGAAAAACUGGUCAAUAUGUUGAAAAAGCAGAGAGAAUCAAACAAACCAUAUGGAGCAAUUUGUGCUUCUCCUGCAUUAGUCCUAGAACCACAUGGUUUGCUCAAGGGUAAGAAGGCUACAGCUUAUCCAGCAAUGUGCAAUAAGCUAUCUGACCCAAGCGAAGCAGAUAACAGGGUGAUAGUUGAUGGUUAUCUCAUCACUAGCAGAGGGCCAGGAACUACAAUGGAGUUUGCACUGGCCAUUGUAGAAAAGUUUCUCGGGCGCGAUACAGCCCUAGAGCUUGCCAAGGGGAUGGUUUUUGUGCAUCCGUAAAGCUAGUCCUAGAAUUCCCCUGUUUCAAGUCUUUUUGUUGGUCCUGUUUUGUGCUGAGUUAUAAUCACAGAGAUGAAAUUAAAACCAGUUCGGUAUGAAAUAAAGGUGUAUAAAAAAUCAACUGUGUCUAUAUAUAUUUCGUUCUUCAA